AUUUUUAGAUAACGUUUAAAAGUUAAGACACUUUAGUGAUUUCAAAAUGUCGUCGACAAGUUUUGAGGAUAAAAUAUGCUGCAAAUUAUUCGAUUUAAGCGAAAUUAUCCCUGACUUUUGUAUAGCGAUGUUCAGCAGCCCAGAGAAUGAAUUACAAUAAUUCCUCUCAGGAAAUUUACAUCAUAAAGCGAAUAAUUCAGGAAGAAUUUAACCUGGAGCAAAAUACAAUUACUUAUAUGACAAAAACGGGAAGGAUUUUAAAACACGAUUGGCUCGAAGUUUCUUACAUGUUGAAAAUAAAUCCUCUGAGCUAUCUCAAUAAAAUGAAAAAUGAAGAAAUGCCUGAAAAAGUCCCGUUGAGAGGUUCUUGGGUUGAAGAUAUUGAAUUGGUUUCUCAAUUUUUAGACCAAACAAAUUGCAAAAUGGCAAAAACGGCAGAAUACCUUACUGAUCAUCCGGAACUAAAGAAUAUGAUUGCUGAUUACGUCCAAGCUUUGCUUUUUGUUAAACCUGGGAAGGUUUUGCCAUUCACAAUCCAACAUUUCCUCGCAUUUGCAAACGAGACAGAACCGACGGAAUUUUCCUCAAAACUUGAAGAUAUUGGACCUCAAGUUUUUAAACUUUUUGGAAAUUUAGAUCUCAAAUUAGAUAGAAGAGACAUUAGUAGAUCCAAAGAAGCGGGAGAAUUGCCAACUCCAACAUGUCCAGCAUGCUCAGUUUGUUCUUCGAGUUCGAGUCAAAUUAGCACAAAAAUGAGCGAACAUAUUUUCGAAAAUACUGACGACAGCCAAAUUUCGGCUGAAAGUGAAACUCAUGAAAGAGAAAAUUUUGAAAAAAAUAGCAAAAGCAAAAAAAGUAGUUCUGAUUUCGAAUUUAGAUUCGAAGAUUAAAAAAACUUUUAUACCUUUUAUCAUUUUCCAAGAUCUGCGUCUUUUUGAGGAUUGCAAAUCACGCAGUUUUCCUGAAAAAAAGAGCAGAGGGCAAAAAUUUAUUAAGUUAAAUUUGAGCAUACAAAAAAAUUAAAUAAUUGAAUUAAUUGAAUUACCACGAAUUUC